AUGUCGGAUGCCGAUGUGUCACCUGAUCCACAACCAGAGGAUCGGCCAACUGCACGCGACCACCCAAAGGGAUAUGUUGGUUUCAUUUACGAGGAUGUCUUCAAAGAACUCUACACUGGCACAUCCACUGCCUCAGCAGAUCCGGCAGAGGAGAAAGAGGAAGAGGAAGCUGGUGCCAAGAUUUCUGCCAGUCCUGCAGAUGGCGAGAUCAACCUCAACAAGGAGGUAGAGCAUAUCAAGGCCACCGAGGACAAAGUCCUGGCAGAUGGAAAUCAUGUGGAUCAUGUUCAGGAAGUUCUUCGCACCAUUAGGCAGGCAGCCAGGGAAGGCGACCAGGAGGAAGCAGCAGAGCUGCUGCAACGCUGGGGCCUUGUGAUGCGCGAGCAGCUGCCCGUGCCUGAAAGCAAGCUGAAGCACAGAGUCGAUCCGCACGAGAUGGAAAAAGAAGGUCUCAUCAUACCGCGCCACAUGAUGGAAGACAUGGAGCGGUUCUAUGAGAUUAAGAAAGGAACCAUCCCUCAGCACGACAACCUUUUAGCAAUCUCGAAGCCCGAGGAGCCAAACCAUUUCAAGAUGACGAAGUCCUUACAACUGCGUGCAGAGACCAUGCAGGUCAAAGCCACCCUGAAAGAAGAUCAGAAGCAGCUGAUCGCAGCAGAUCUACAGGAGAGAUUAAGAAAGAGGCCCCGCAUGCCAGCUGGACUGAAUGCCGAUCAGAAGGCCAAGAAUCGAGAGAUUGUUAAGAGGAUGCAGAUGAAGGUCAACUUCCUCAAGAAUCCUCGCUUCCUGGCUGAUCGGCAAGGGAAGGAUCGGGGCGAGCCAUGCCCGUUCUGGUUUACUCCUGAAACGAUAUUGUAUCGAAAUUAUGAGAUCGGCGGCCUCUACCAAAUUCAGGUCGAUUUCCGCAAUUCCACUGGCAUCAGCAGACGCUUGCGAGUUCUGCCUUGCAACAAUACGGCUUUUUCCAUCAAAGAGCUUCGGUAUGACAAGGAGCUGAAUGCCGAGCGUCCCGAGUUGGUCGGCCUCGAUCCUUUGGCGGCGGUUGUUGCACCAGGCAUGGCUGCCCAUCUGACGGUGUCCUUUGCACCUAACACGCUGAAUGACGAGACAGAGUUUCUGACCGUUUGUACAGAGAUCGGAGACUAUCAACUGCCUCUGCUAGCUAGACGAGAUCAGCCCAAGCUGAAGAUCGACGAGCCUGUCAACUGCGGAUGCAUGCUUGCAGGAAACAACAUCACGGAGCCGGUCAGAAUACGGAAUCUGGGAGGGGAAGGGGCUUUCAGGUUGAUCGUCAGCGAGGACGAUCCUCCAGAUGAUUUCUGUUAUGAAUCCUAUCCAGAAACAGACUUGACUCUUGUCGUAGGGUCUUUCCGCAUCUGGCCAGCGUCGUUCUAUAUGGAUGCGAACUCCUUCACCGACUUGAGCGUGCGCUUUGAAGCCGAUAAAGUAGGACAUCACAGAUGUCCACUGUUUGUCGAAGGGGAUAAUGGAGAAAAGACACCGCUCAGCCUAGUGGCCGUGUGCGAUGCAGUUCGUUUGGAGCUGACCCGAUGGCCGACCCUUCAAGAGGAGCUGCCGGCAACGGCGAUUGAAGAGGGCAGCUGUGCUUGGCAACUUGUCCCCUGGCAGCUGAACUGGCUGCGGCCUGGCACGCAGGUUGGACACAAGUCCAGGCAGUCCAUCCAAAUCUCGAAUGGUGGGUUCAUGCCCAUGCGGGUCGAAUGGGCUUUGGCCUAUCCACCACGGCAGAUUCUGGCCCGUCUGGCUGUGGGCUCCAUCAACCGCUUGACCGACAAGCUGAUCAGUGAGAUUCAUGACUGGAGGGUGCACGUGCCCAGCAGCCAUCUGACAUCUGCUUGUCCAUUCAAGGUGGAGCCAGCAUCAGUCACUAUUGAACCAUUUGCCACAAGCACCUUCACUUUUACUUUCGAGGCGUUCGGGCCUGUGGGGUCACAGUCCGCUGUUUUUGCCUACCUUGUUGCGCGCGAUUUGCCCGACAGCAUGGCCUGCAUGCUGCACUACAAUCAGCUGCUGGAGCUGCAGGAUGAGAUGAGGCCUGUCGAUGAUGCAUAUUCCAAGCACCUUCCGCUCUUUGGAGGCGUGGUUAGCCCAUCCUUCGACAAGCAGCUGAAGAGCAAUGGCUCGACAGACCCGCUGGACGUUAAAGUUGCAGAUCCGAAGGAUUGCGCGGUCAGCCGCGUUAUUACGGCUGUUUGCCUUCAGGGCCUGACAGCCGCGCCUACAAUUACGGCAAUGCCUCGUGCCAUCGUUUUGCCGGGGGACGUAUUGCCCUUCAUACCCAGCGUGCGCGAGAUCAAGGUUUUCAAUUCUGGCUCAUACUCCUCGUACUUCAGAGUGCGCUUGACUUCGACGCUCCAUGCGGCUGACGCUAACUCUAUUGAUCCUCUUUGGAUUGUAUCUGUACCCGAAGUUGGCAUGAAACCUGAGGAGCCUCAGGCUUUACCACAUGCGGACCCCCAGCUCGAGGAGAUGAGACUGCAAGCAGCCCGACUGGCCCAGGCGUGGCCGCCACUGCCACCAGAACCGGGUCUCCCGGGUGCCUCGCAAAUGCCUGGCUACGGUGCCCUUGCAUCCUGCGCCGUGGAGCCUCACGAGGGCCGCAUUCCACCCGGCGGUGCUGUUACAAUUCGGGUGACCUUGCGUGCCGUGCAUGAGUGUGAUUUGGACGGGCAACUUGUCAUUGACUUGCCGUUGGACGCCAAGAGCAGUGAGCCUGCAGCGCCACCUGUUAAGGUGGAAAUUGCUGCCGCUGUUCGAGCACCACGAGCAGAAAUGAGAAGCAGAUCUAUUUUGGACUUCGGGGUUGUGCGGGCGCACUCCAGACACACGCUGAAAGUCCAGCUGAGCAACCCAACGGAGCUGCCGAUGCUUCUGCAACUCCGCGAGUUCAAGGACACCGAGCGCAACCACGUUUUUCCCGUGGAGUCACAUCGCGAGGUUGUGAAUCUCUUCGUGGACGCCGUGAACCGGAGAAGCCAUGAAGGCUUUGCAGCCAUCGAGUCCGAGCAGUACCUCGAGGCUGCGGUGCAGCCCUGGGUUCAUUCGCGCAGCGGCUGCUUGGAUCAGAGCGGCCGCCGCAAGUUCGGAGCCAAGGGAUCUGACGACGCGGACGAACUGGACGCCAUCAGGUUCGUUUCAGACUCAGAGGACUUCGUGUUCCAUCCAGGGUACCUGGCACUUUGGCCGGGCAAGAGUGGAGAGGUCGAGGUCACCUUCCGCUCGAGAAACGUUGGAAAAUACAAAGCUUUAUUGGAGGCUGUUGGCUUCAACUCUUUGCAUGCCCAAUGCCUUGAAGUUUUCGCUUCUGUACAGCUGCCGUUGGUCCGUAUAAACACACACCAUGCUCACUUUCCGGUCACUUAUCUCAGGACCGCAUCCGAACCCAUGGAGGUGGAGCUGCGCAACGAGUCAGAAAUGCCCGCCGACUUCAAAUGGAAGGUCCCCGUGAAAAUGGAUGGCUGCUUAGAGGCACAAAUCCACCCAUCGCAGGGCUCAAUUCCACCCAGAGAGAUGCGGAGAUGUACGAUCAUUGCCGUGCCGACCAAGAUUCCAGACGAAGGCCACGCGGUUCUUCCAUGUCAUCUUUACAUCGAAGAAAUCUUGCAGCCUUUGGAGCUUCGGGUCACUGCCGUCGUUUAUGGGUGCGAAGUGGAUUACGCAGUUGUGGAGCCUGGGGAGCUGCCUCCGGAAAUCGAGCUCAAGCCACGCCAACCUGGAGAUUCGCCUUGUGAUCCGCGGGGCACAUACAUGAUCAGCAGCGGAAAAGCCCCCAGAAGAAUGCCAUCAGUGGACUUUGGCGAGCUGCCACUUCAAAAGGCCAAGGUGAUGCAAGUGGUGCUUUACAACAGGACCGGCAUUGCGACACCCUACAGUGUGAAAGUCGACAAGAACCCAGCCUUUGAUCCGCUUGUGAAGGGCCGUAAGAUUGGCGACUACCUGGACGCGGCCACGCGUAUGUAUGCCCUCAUCAACCAGUCAGGUGGAGCAGAGCCUGAAAACCUAGGAGAUACAGUCAAGCAGAGCUUCGAAAACUCUCCCCAACCAGCUGGUGCUGGCCGUGAUGACAACGAUCCAUCGAGGGUGAAACCAAAGAAGCUGAAGAGUACCUUGAAUAAGACCAAGAAGACGAGCACCAAGAAGAAGAGGUGGAUUUUGGAUGACAAGCAUGAGCGCCAGGCUUUCCGCAGCAGCUUUGGGGCCGACUUCGCCAAGCAGAAGGAGAUGAAAGAGCAGGGUCGAAUGGCGCUUCGAGCUGGCCGUGGCUUCGCAGUGAAGGUGUCGCCGACUAGUGACUGGCUGCAGCCAUUCAGCACUGCCGUGAUCGUCGUGACUUCCUUCAGUGAUCUGCCGGGGAACAUGGAAGAUGAACUCGUCCUCACCAUGAGGGAGCUUCCAGGGCACUCUGAGGGAGAAAACUUUCGCAUACCUUUGCGUUUGAAGUCGUAUGGAAACCCCUUGUACCUUCCGGAUCAGCAAGUCGGCCUCAACACUUUGGCGUCUCCUCCAAGGCUCCUGUGCGGCGUGACCGUGCCGGCCGAGAAGCAGCUAAUGAGACGUUUCAAAGUCGGUAACAACUCUGCGGCAAGGGUGGUGGUGAAUUGGAAGAUCUUCCCGAAGAUGAAGCUGGAGAACAUGGCAGAAGAUCGCGGGAUGAUUCAGGUGGGUCUUUGUGGAAGGCAUCCGGGUGUUAAGGACCCUUUCGUGGAGCCGCCGGCCACAGAAAGCAAACUUCUGGACAAGGAUGUGCCGAAGCUGAGUAUUGAUGGCGAGAAGGUGCAGGAGGAGGAAGAGGAGGAGCUAGAUCCAGAGGAGCCGUUCAACUUCAAGAUUUGGUCACAAGAACCUCCAGAAGUUCAAGAUCCCUUUUCGUUAUCGGGCGGUGAACUCCCCGUAGUCAUCGAACCGGCAGAAGCCGUAGUACCAGAGCACGGAACCGCCAGCUUCACCGUGACGAUGACUUGCUUGAAAGCCACCCUCACGGCAGCAAACAACUACCGCUACACUCUGAUUGGGGAUUGUCGAUUUACAGAUGACCGGGCGGAGCGUUUGGCUUUUGCAGAAGCCAAUCCAGAUGAGGAGUACGACGAGCGGCCUCCCCAAACUGCUUAUGUGGCCCUUAGCCAGGAUGCUCAAGUUCAGAAUCUUCCGGACAUCGAGUUGGACGGACAGGAGGUCGUUGAUGACGACUCAGAUGUUGAAGUUGACCCCAGGACGCUGUUGCAGGAGCCUUUGGUCGAGGUGCCUGCAGAGGCUACGGCGACCAAGCGCUUCAAGCGCAAUCGCGGGCCACCACCUCCACAACCUUUGGCCGUGGAGCCCCAACUGGAUGUGCUUGCUACGAUUGUGAUCGACUGUGCCGGCGACUGCAUCUUGCCCAGGCUGACGGUCGACAAGAAAGGAAACCCUGCAAUUCAGGAGUUCCCGGCGCAGAACAAGGAGCAGGACGACAUCGGAGAUGACAGAGAGCCGCCCAUAGUGAACGCGCCAGUCUUCAAGUUCACGUGGUCCUCAGUGUCGCAGGGGUCACAACCACCCACCGGCCCUUUGCAUGGAGGUGCAGUCGGCGGCACUCAGGUCACGGGCAUUUCAUCCUGCCUGGUGCGUCAGAUCAGCUUCUCCAACCACAAUGCAGCAAAGAUCACCUGCAAGUUCCGCACCGAAGGCCCCUUCAAGAUCCAGCUUAUACAGCAAGGUGGCACGCAUCCCGUGAUGAAUCAGGACAGCUCCAGCAGUAAAGCCAAAAAGAAGGACGACCAGCCGCCAUCGGACAUUCGGAAGCUUUUCGUUUUGACCAAGUCGGAGACAGUGACAUUACACGUGGUGUUCACUCCUGAACAGAUUCCUCAGUCCGAGUGGCAGCAUUACUUGACCAAGCACGAGCAUGUCUUCAGAGGCGAUUUAAUUGUGGAGUACCCUCGCGACGCUGAAAGUGAACUCGAUACCCACAAGGACGACCUCCAGAGGAUCCAUUUGGUCGGAACCGCCAAGCGACCGGCGGUCCAAGUUCACGUCGUUCCCAACGAGUUCGACCGCCCACUGCGGCUCGAGCGGGCCGAAAGACCACCCUGGUCCGAGCCGGUGCCCGUGAUCGUUGAGUUUGGCUACACGCAUGUGCAGAGCUCCAUCACCCGGUCCCGGUGCAUCCUCCUCUCCAACAUAACAAAUACGCUGGCAAAGUGGUCGCUGGUACACGUGGGCCGGAAAAGAAAGGCUGCACCCGUAAUAGGCGCCACUCUACCAGAAGAGGAGGAGUUCCGUGCGCUGGACGAGAAGGAUGCCUUCGAGUUCGACAUCAGCGCCGGUGAGCUCCCGGGCCCAUCCAAGGAUGGCUUGGUGCCAGGCUCCGAGGAGCGCUUGCCGCAUUGGUGCGCCAAGAGCUCCGCGCUGCCAAGAGCGCCGUCGUUUCCGGACGAGGAGCGCUUCGAGCCGCAGCGACUGAAGAUAUCCUUCAGACCGAAGAAGAACGAGCUGUACAAAUGCCGGUUUCGAGUACAAGUGGAGAAUGGUCUCAGCAUCGACUUCAUCUGUAGAGGCUGUGGCAGCUACGACGAGGAAGAUGACAACUUAGACUUUCAUGAAGCCUAA